AUGCCCGGGAUCCCAACCGACCUGGCAGUCCACCACCUCAACGUGGAUCCCCGCUUCAAACCAGUAAAGCAGAAAAAGAGGAGUUUCGCCCCAGAAAGUAAUGAGGUGAUCAAGAAGGAGGUCGGGAAACUGCUGGAGUCCCAGAUCAUCCUGAAGGUCUACUACCCGACCUGGUUAGCCAACCCGGUACUGGGGUACCACCUGAUAAAAAUGAUUGAGGAGGACCGGGAAAAGACCUCCUUCAUCACAGAGGAAGGAAUCUACUGCUACCGGACUAUGCCGUUUGGCUUGAAGAACGCGGGAGUUACAUACCAGCGCUUGGUCAACAAACUGUUCCAGAAUCAGAUCGGCAGAAGCAUGGAAGUCUACGUGAAUGACAUGAUCGUCAAGAGCCGAACUGAUCGGCAGCUCGUCCCCGACCUGAGGGAAAUCUUGGGUAUCCUGCGAGAGAGUCGGAUGCGGUUGAAUCCGAAGAAGUGUACCUUCGGGGUCAGGUCGGGAAGGUUCCUGGGAUUCCUGGUUUCUCGGGACAGGAUCCGGGCCAACUCGGAUAUGUUCCAAACUAUCAUGGACAUGGCCCCCCCAAGGAGCGUGAAGGAGGUCCAGCGGCUCACAGGAAGGAUGGCCGCCCUGAACAGGUUCCUCUCGCGCUCUGCGGUCCGGGGGCUGCCCUUCUUCCGUGUCCCAAAAGCGCCUAAAGACUUCCAAUGGACGGAGGAGUGCCAGAGAGCCUUCGCCGACCUGAAGGCAUACUUAGCAGAGCUCCCCACCUUGACCGCCCCGGAGCAGGGGGAGACCCUGUUCUUAUACCUGUCUGCUUGCAACGAAACCGUUAGCGCGGUUUUGGUGCGGGAGGACAGGGGGGUUCAGAGGCCUAUAUACUAUGUCAGCCAUGCUUUACAAGGGCCGGAAACGCGAUACACGCCGGCCGAGAAGCUGGCCCUGGCCUUGGUGCACGCUGCCCGCAAGUUUCGACCUUAUUUCCAGGCCCACAGCAUCAUUGUCGUGACCGAUCAACCCUUACGGCAGAUACUCGCCAAACCCGAGGUCUCCGGUCGGAUGACCAAGUGGGCCAUCGAUCUAGCCAAGCAUAACAUCGGCUAUCAGCCUCGCACAGCCAUCAAGGCCCAGGUCUUGGCAGAUUUCUUUGCUGAGGGGGCCAGCUUGACCCUAACCGAGCUAAGCUCUCCGCGUGAGGAUGCAGGGCCGAAUGAGCCAUGGGUGCUGUUCGUAGACGGGGUUUCCAGCAAGGAAGGAAGCGGAGCAGGUUUGCUGCUCAUCUCGCCAACCGGGGAAGAACUGACCUAUGCUCUCCGGUUUGACUUCCCCGCAUCUAACAAUGAGGCUGAGUAUGAGGCCCUAUUGCCGGGGUUGCGGAUAGCCCAUCAGAUGGGUAUAACCGCGAUCAAAGUUCGGAGCGACUCUCAGCUCGUCGUCCUCCAAGUUCGCGGGGAAUACGAGGCCAAGGAGGAGGUCAUGAAGAAAUAUCUGGCCAAAGUGCAGAAGGCAAUAGCCCUGUUCGAUACCUUUAAAAUCGAGCGGGUGCCAAGAUCGCAAAACAAGCGUGCAGACGCCCUAUCAAAGCUGGAAUCCUCCUCGUUUGCGCACCUGAACAAGGAAGUUUUGGUGGAGGUGGUAAAACAGAAAAGUAUCGACCAGGUCCAGAUUCUGGCUAUAGACAGCUCGGCCACCUGGAUGACCCCCUUAGUAAACUUUCUCAGCUCGGGUGCCCUCCCUGAGAACAAAAUCGAGACAAGCCGAAUCCAGCUCAGAGCUGCCAAAUGCCGCGGAACUGGUACAGAAAUGCCGAGGUUGCCAGGUGCACGCCCCACUGCGCCACCAGCCAGCUCGGGAAAUGAUCCCCAUCCACAGUCCCUGGCCCUUCGCUCAAUGGGGGAUAGACCUUUUGGGUCCUUUCCCCCGAGCCCCGGGGAGAUAUGA